AUGGCUCACGCCGACGACCCUUACGCUCUCAACGCCGACGGCACCGCGGCCGACCCCCUCGCGUUCCAGGCCGCCCUGAGGGCGGAUGCGUCGAAGAUGGCAGAGCUUGAGGCCGACCCAGAGCUACAGGGUGUGCUGCUAGGACCCGACACUGCCGCCAUGCAGGCGCUGCUGCAGCAGGCGUUUCAGGCUCAGAUGGCCAAGGCCAAGGAUAUGGGCCGCUGGAUGGCAGAACGCACCAUCGAUGCCCAGCGUGCCUCUGCGACGGUGCCACGCGACACCGUCCAGCUCUACGCACAGCUGGCGCAGAGCGGGCUGCAGUACGGCCCCGCGUUCCGGCUGCUGCGCAACGUCCACGUCCCCGACACCAACUGA